GCAUCCCUCGUGUCUCUGCGCCGUCAGAUAACUGAACUCGCUAAGCAUUCUCGACACUCGCUUGCCUGCGCUCUCUCCCUCUGGCGACGCCUCCGCCGAGAGCUCCCCUCCGGCAACGGCGACGUCCCGGCGGAGUCAUCUCAGCAACGACCUGCCCGCCUCCAGAUCCGACCAAGCUGGAUUAUCCUGAAAUCAUGAAUGAAGAAGGACCUCAGAUGGAUCCUGUUAAAAUAAGCGAUGGUGAAGAGAUGCUUGUUGACAAGCUGUGUUUUCUAGAGCCCUUAUGUGCAGAGGAGAUCAAUGAAGAUACACGUCUAUACCCUCGUGUAGGGGAUGAGUACCAAGUGGAAAUUCCGAACCUAGCAACGGAAGAGGAACGAAUGCGAUUAAGGUCAUCGCCUGUCGAUGACAGCAGUAUGUUUGGUUUUGAGUAUCCUGUGGCAGUAGGAUUAACUAUUCCAGUCUCAUGGACCCAAAAUACAAACACUCACAUCGAAGAAGAGUGCAGGGAAUUUUCAGGACACAAUUCGUGCCCUUCGGAAGAUGAACAUAACAACCACAGUAGUGGAAAUACUCCAAGGAAUUUAACUCAGCACAGCAUGCUUCCAGAGCGUCUGGGCAGUAAAGUUGAACAUGAUGAACAAUGUGGGAAAUCUGCUGGACAAAACAUUCACUGUUCUUCUGUAAAGAGGAAAGCCAACGAUUAUGUUCCAUUGCCUGGAAUGCCAAUGUGCUCCUGGACUGAUGAAGAGGCGCAAACUUUUCUUCUUGGUCUCUACAUUUUUGGCAAAAAUCUUGAUCAGGUGACAAAAUUUAUGAAAAGCAAGACAAUGGGUGAAGUUCUAUCCUACUACUAUGGAGAAUUUUUCAGGUCUGCUGGAUAUAAACGAUGGGAUGCGUGUAGAAACGCAAGAAGCAGGAGACUUAUACGUGGGUCGCGUAUAUUUUCUGGUCCCAGACAGCAGGAAUUUUUGUCACGUUUGCUUGCUGCCGUACCAACGGAGGCUCGAGAUGCUUUGCUGGAGGUCUUUAAGAAAUUCAAUGAGGGAACACCUGAUUUUGAGCAAUUUAUUUUAUGCCUAAGGUCCACAGUUGGGGCACAAGUUCUUGUAGAAGCAGUUGGAAUUGGUAAGGGAAAAUAUGACUUGACUGGAUUUCCAUUAGAUCCUAGUAGAAAACAUGGUAUGUCAGCCCGGGCAGAAACCCCUAUUGUGAAGAAGACUUUUUCAUCGCUUUCAUCUGGAGAUAUCAUGAAGUAUUUGACUGGUGAUUUCAGACUAAGCAAGGCAAGAUCUAAUGAUCUAUUUUGGGAAGCUGUCUGGCCUCGCUUGCUUGUGAGUGGGUGGCACUGCGAGAAGCCCAAAGAUUCUUCACUCAUUGGCAAGCAUGCUUUUGUCUUCCUCAUUCCAGGUGUAAAUAAAUUUUCCAGAAAGAAGCUCGUCAAAGGAAAUCAUUAUUUUGAUUCUGUUUGCGAUGUCUUGAGAAAAGUUGCAUCCAAACCGAGGUUACUUGACUUUGGAGUUGAAAGUGGUAACAACGAAGGUGGGGACAAGCCUGAAAAUGGAUGGGUCCAUAAUGUUGAACCUGAAAGCGCACUUCCUGGCAAGAAACCUCCUUGCUAUAUCUGGCCCAAUGAACCUGGGUGUUCUUCAGAGCUAAUGAAGUUUACUGUGGUGGAUACUAGUUCUGUUCAAGGGGAAGAACCGCGUAACCUAAGAUCACUAAGAAAUCUACCUGCAGAUACCAAUCAUGGUUACAUUGCUUCACCACAUUCAGGAGAUUCUGGGAGUGGCAACUCAGAAGAACUAUCAGAUUCAGAAGACAGCUCUCAGCCUUCUGAAGAUCUGAAUACAAAUAAAAGUACAACUGAUGCUAGCUAUGUUAAUGAGAGAAAGCGUAAGCCCCCAACGGUUGAUAAGAUGGAUGCUGAUGCGCUUCCAAAGAUUCCAAGCACAGUCAAUGGUCACAAUUCAGUUGAUCAAAUUUUCAGCGCGACGAAUACUGUCUGCGCUUCAACUGCAACAGUUCUUCCUGUUGGUAAUCAAAGGGUCCGUCCUACCAAUUCUUCAACUGAAAUAAACUUUCAGUUUGAUCAAAGAGUACAUCCAGAUCCUGAAGUUUUGUUAGCACCUGUGUCAAAGAGAAGGAGGUUAGUUUCUUGCAAGAAUGAAAGAACUGGUCGCAAAAGUACUGCUGUCAACAAAAUAAAUUACUGGAAGCAAGCCGACGCCCCACUGCAGCAUGUGCCUAAAGCAAAUGAAGCAAGUGCAGGGGCAAACCCUUUCGUACGGGGUGCAAUUCCAAACUCAUCGACCAACAUAACCUUGGACAUUAAUAAGAAUAACACAUAUAGCAGACAGCUGCACGACAUCCCCCAUAAUAAUGUUCAAACAACGUCUUACAAGGAGAAGGCCCAACACAAGCAUGUCAUUGAUCUGAAUAUCCCACAAGUGCCUUCUGAUUACGAGGCAACCGCAAGCUACAUAGUGCCUCCAUCUGACAAUAAUACAUCAAUCGUGGACAGACCUGUACAUCCCCCAGAAACCAAGGAGAUGGAUGGCAGCCUUCUGGAGACCUGUAGCAACGCGGUGUUGGGUGAGCAGCUUUCUUUCGACUCAAGGAGGCAGAGUACCAGAAGCUGCUUGCCGACGACCCGAGCUCUGGAGGCUCUUGACGGUGGCUCUAUGGGGACAGAACAGAAUGGUGAGGAUGCAAAUUUCCCAUCUUCCAACAGGAGCAGCAGACCUGUCCAGCAACCACCACGAAGAUCAACUGACAUCGUGGCCCCACUCUCUUCUGAGGGCGAGGGAAGCAGCUUUCAUUUUACUAAUCCAGCCAUUGUUGUCGACGAACCGCGCAUGAGUAACCCUCAGGAUCACAGCGCCCCCUCGGACAGGUCCAGUGCCAAAGUGACUCGUCAAUUGUCUGCCCGUGAAACCAUCUGUCCGUCAUGCCAUUAUAAAUGGAACGAAUACGAGUAAGCGGCAUCUCCAUGGCCAAGCAAUCGGCGAGUUGAACUAUCCAUCCAACCUUUAUAUACAAACGGUUUAGCUGCUGGUUAACAGAAAUGACAUGAGAUUACUGUGAUCACAGAUGCCGCUGCUUGGCCAACCUUUUGUCCCGGAUUAGGAAACGUCGUCCCAAGGCCAAUAUGCAUUUAUAGUUGCCUAUUCCAGCUAUGAUCCGGUGAAUGCCAAUCGCCCAUGUGUUUCGUCUCGGUUCUUAUCAAGGACAUGUGAGAAGCUCAACCGAAGUACUAUACACAAACAUCUGUGACGGAGUUGGUUAUACUCUUUUUUUUUACCUUCGGUUUACCUGUAUACCAUGUGGGGUUGCUGCACAAGUGUUGCAGCUAAUGGUGGUGAUGGAGUUGGUUAUACUCUUUCUUUUACCCUUCGUUUUACCUGUAUACCCUGUGGAGUCGCUGCAUAAAUGUUGCAGCUAAUGGUGGGUCCUAUAUACAAGAACCAUGGUUGAACUCAGCUUUGCGAACUCUGGUCUUCUCCAGGAGAUUCAGAAAGGAGAACCUUAAAUACAUAGUACCAUCUCGUUUAAUUC